CAGUGUGAACACUUCCUUUCAGUUGUCAACAACGAGUGUAAAGGGACAGUGAGUACAGUUAGCCGACACUGUUCAACUGUGUUGAAGGCAACAGACGAGCAGUUAGCUGAACAGACAUUAUCUGCAGUGUAAUGUGCCGCGCAUAACAAAGUUGAGGUUCACAGAGGUACACACAGCAUGCACUCUGGAUGGUCUAUUUCUUUGUCCUACAGCCACAGACGCCAUACAUGACGAAGAUUUGAAGGCAGAUGUGGAUUGAGUGAAACAUUGUAAUCAAUCCCUCCCCAAUACAUCCAUGUGUAUAAUUUUCUUCAAGUUUGACCCCCGGCCGGCAUCUAAAAAUGCCUACAGGCUAAUUUUGGCUGCAAACAGAGAUGAGUUCUACAACAGGCCAUCCAAAGCUGCAGACUUUUGGGGGACCAACAGUGAGAUCCUCAGCGGCCUGGACCAGGAAUAUGGUAAGGAAGGAGGAUCAUGGCUGGGUAUCAACAAGCGGGGUAAGAUGGCUGCAAUCACCAACUACAUGGAAGGACGUCCCAACCCUGAUGCACAAGGAAGAGGAUUCCUAGUGUCAAACUACCUUAUGGACAAGGAUCAGGACAGCUACUCCUACCUGAAGAAGGUGUCACAAGAAAGUCACCUGUACAAUGGCUUCAACCUCAUCACAGCCGAGUUCAGAGCCAAACAAGACACUGUGUGUUACUAUGGAAACAGAGGCAGCCCUGAACCCAUCCAUCUAAAGCCAGCAGGAAUCUAUGGCUUGAGUAAUUCUUUGCUGGACACUCCGUGGAGGAAACUGCUGCAAGGCAAGCGUCACUUCACCAGUGUGGUCAAUGACCAGUCCCUGUCCUGCGAUGGACUGGUGCAGGAGCUUCUCAGCGUCCUCAAUAAUGAGGAACUAAACACACCUGAUCCAGCUCAGGAGAGCCAGGGUGAUGGUUAUAGCCAGCCCAUGAUCCAGGCUCUGUCAGCGGUGUGUGUUCGCUCACCUCAUUAUGGCACAAGGACCAACACAAUUAUCCUCAUAGACGCAGAAGAUAACGUGACCUUCACAGAGCGCACCAUGCUCGACUGUGACACAAGCAAGUGGAGCACCACUUCUUUCCAGUUCCAACUACAGGUGUGAAGACAUGAAUGAGGAUACCAGCUCUGUGCCUUUCAGCAUCACCUUUCCUUCAGUCUCCCCCUUCCUCCAGCUGUACCUCACCAUCGCAGCAACGUGACCAUGAAGACUCGUCUGCACUUUUUCUUCUGCUAGUCUGUACCGGCUGCCUCAUUACCAUCAGUGAUAUGUGUUUCUUAUUCUUGAUUUAAGUUAAAAUGCAUCUGUUGAAAGUGUGUGCUAAUUUAAAAAAUUGCCAAAGAACAUUUAUAAUUUUGUAGAGGAAAAUAUUUUACCUACAUGUCACAGAAGAGCAGGAUUGGGCUGCUCCAGAAAGUCUAAUCCAUCACAGAUUGCCGGCAGCCUGCUUUGAUAUGUGAUCUAUACCAUCGUGCACAGGAUUAUUUUCAUGCGAUAUAAUUUAUUCUUGUUGGUGUCAGAUUUCUUUCUUUAAAUCGGUGAUGUGGAGUGAAUAUGAACUUAAUGCAUCUCUAGACUGCAGUUUGAGAUUGCAUCCUUUAAAAACAGCAAUGAAAAAAUCGUAUUUCAACUGAUUUAGAUAAUAGGAAUUCAUAGAUGGAAAGAUUUUUUUUCCCAUAGAAUGUGUUCAUCUGAUUAAAGAUCACAGUAAUUGUCAUAUAUUAGCGUUACAAACUACUUUUUAAAUUUCCGAUCACUGUUACAUGUAUUUUAUUAUGUAUGCCACAGCUCUGCACAACAGUAGUCUCAGUGUUGGUCACAACAGAUGUUUCCAUGUUAAUUGCAGAUACUUUCAGGCACUGGAUAUCUGACCGCUUCCAUGAUAAAACAACAAAUUUUACAGCUGCUUGACAAUAAAAACAGUUUAUCCAAACACUCACA